AUGUCUAGUCCAUUUCCAAAAACCGCUGAUAAGUUAAAGGGUGUCCAAAUCUUGGCCCCCAUCCCCGACAGAGCCAAGCACAUCUUCAACCCCGAUGCAUUGGCUUUGGUUGCAACCUUACAUCGUGCCUUCCAACCUCAAAGAAAGAAGUUGUUGGCCAACAGAAAGAAGCAGCAAGAAUUGAGAGACCAGGGCGAGUUACCUGACUUCUUGCCAGAAACUGCCUACAUCAGAGACGAUCCUACCUGGACAGGUCCUCCAUUGGCCAGAGGCUUGGAGGACAGAAGAGUGGAGAUCACUGGUCCUACCGACCGUAAGAUGGUUAUCAACGCCUUGAACUCGGGUGUGGCCACCUACAUGGCUGAUUUCGAGGACUCGUUGACCCCAGCUUGGGCCAACCUCGUGGAUGGUCAGGUCAACUUGUACGACGCUGUCAGAAGAAACUUGAGCUUCGAAUCCAACGGCAAGAAGUACACCUUGGACCAAACCCCAGGCAGACACAUCCCCACCUUGAUUGUCAGACCAAGAGGCUGGCACUUGGACGAAAAGCACGUCUUGGUCGAUGGUGAAGCCGUUUCUGGUGGUAUCUUCGACUUUGCGCUCUACUUCUACAACAACGCCAGAGAAGCCAUUGCCCAGGGCUUUGGUCCUUACUUCUACUUGCCCAAGAUGGAGCACCACUUGGAGGCCAAGUUGUGGAACGACAUCUUCAACCACUCGCAAGACUACAUUGGACUUGCCAGAGGAACCAUCAGAGGAUCUGUCUUGAUCGAAACCUUGCCAGCUGCCUUCCAGAUGGACGAAAUCAUCUACCAGUUGAGACAACACAUCGGAGGUUUGAACUGUGGUAGAUGGGACUACAUCUUCUCCUACAUCAAGUCCUUGCGUAACCACCCCGAGUUCAUCUUGCCAGACAGAUCGCAGGUCACCAUGCGUGCUCCAUUCAUGUCUUCAUACGUCAAAUUGUUGGUCCACACCACCCACAAGAGACAGGUGCAUGCCUUGGGAGGUAUGGCUGCCCAGAUUCCUAUCAAGGACGACCAGGAAAGAAACAGACUUGCCUUGGAAAACGUCGCCAAGGACAAGUUGAGAGAAGUGUCUCUCGGAUGUGACUCCUGUUGGGUUGCCCACCCUGCUUUGGUUCCAGUCGUCUUGAAGGUUUUCAACGAGCACAUGAAGGGACCAAACCAGAUCAACGUUCCUCCAAAGACCGAAUUCAAGGAAAUCACCCAAAGAGACUUGUUGAGUCCUUUCAUUCCCGAUGCCAAGAUCACCGAGGCUGGUAUUAGAGCCAACAUCAUCAUUGGUGUUUCUUACAUCGAGGCCUGGUUGAGAAACAUUGGUUGUGUUCCUAUCAACUACUUGAUGGAAGACGCUGCCACUGCCGAAGUCUCCAGAACCCAAAUCUGGCAAUGGGUCACUCACGGUGCCAAGACCGACAAGGGUGUCACCAUCACCAAGCAAUACGUCAAGAAGUUGUUGGAAGAAGAAUACGCCAAGUUGGUUAAGGGUGCUAAGGCUGGCCACAAGUUCAAGCAAGCUUUGGACUACUUUGCCCCAGAAGCUGCUGCUGACAAGUACAGCGACUUCGUCACCACCUUGAUCUACGACGACGUCACCACCAUUGGCAGAGCCCAAGCUGCUGAGAAGUUGUAA